AAGAGGAAAUAUGAAGAUGUAAGAAUGUACCAGGACAAAUGACAAACCACAGGGAUGAGAUCUGUACUGUGGACUACUAACAACUCAUCUUAGCUCUCAUUUCUAGUAAUUUCUGUGACUUUCUAUUGCCACCUUCAGGGGAGAUAUCUAAACCCUGGAACAGGGUGGACUAGACCAAGCAAUCUAUGGUUUCUAAGCUUGAUUCUCAUCUAAACAAGCUUUGUUCACAGCACUCUGAAAGUACCAGACGUAACUACACAUCUUCUUCUGCUUUUAGUGUAGUUGUAAAUGAAAAUGGAUUAAGCACUUCUCUCUGUGAAGAAACUGCAUUUACAAACUGUCAGGUAAGACUUGAGCGUCAGUUUUCCUGCCCCUUCGCUGAGACGGCUUAUUAUUAACUGGCCCCAUGUACAGUGAGCAAUUUCACUAAUAAUUUAAGAUUGGGAGUUCAACAAGAAGCUGGAAACUGAUCCUGAAACCUGCCGGACUCACCACAGCUGGAAGGAGACAACAGCUGGGUCCACAUCCGUUUCGAACAGCCCUCCAUCCAUCCCACCAUUUACCCAUCAUGGCGGAGCCAGGCUGGUGGAAGCUAACUUUCCUGAGGAGAAAAAAGUCCCAGCCCAAGGUUUUGUAUGAAAUCCCAGCAGAUUCUGUAUCCAACGCCUCUACUGGCCAGAACGGGUCCAGCACAGCAGCUGGAGAUGCUGCCCACCCAGAGGAUACAGAGCAUGAUUCCCAGUUGGACGCAAGACUGGAGAGGAUCGUGGAUAAAACGACAGCAAGCAAGGGGCGUCACGUUAAGGUGUCCCACUCAGGGAGGUAUAAGGAGAAGAAGAAAGUGCGAGCCACGCUGGCAGAGAACCCAGAGAUGUUUCCUGGAAGUGACGACAUGUGGGAUGAGAACCAGAGAGCUGCAAAGUGACAGGACACAAAUACUCCAACAUUCAAUCACUGAUGCAUUCCAAGAGACAGUUUAAAUUUGGGUUUUAUGGCCUCUGGAGCCAUUAAACCAAACUUGGGAAAAACUGAGCCUUAGGAAGACGAUACAUUUGAAAAUUGGCACUAUAGGACACAGAAUAAGAGAAAUUGAGACUCUUGUGAGAGAAAAAAUUGUGCCUAGUUUAUAUUUCUAGAGAGGUUUGUGAUUUUCCUGUUUACUGUAAUAUAGAUCUAGUGGCCAUUAGAGGAACUGUGACCUUUCCAAUACUGGAAACAUUAUGUGACUGCUAGACUAAACCAGCCGUGUCAUAUAUUGUAAAGGUGCUCUGGAUCAGUGCAAUUUUAGAAUCUGUUGAAACACCUUUCCUGAAUUGAGUAUUGAUAUUUCUCUUUCUUACCUUUAAACAUAGGAACAGUAACAUCCUGACACAAGUUUUCAGGUCUUUAAGGUAAUUUAACAUCUUGCAAAAACAACUUGAACUUGGAAAACUCUUUGUAUACAUUUACAGGGACCUUUAUAACUCAGUUGGGGGAGUGGUGCAUCUUUAUAUCAAUUAGUGUUUUACUACAAAUGACUUGUAUCUAUGUAAUUUGUUUGAAAGUCACAUCAUGCCAACAGUAAUAUCUAUGUAUGUACACACCCUAUAAACUUGAAUACAUGCCUAGAAUUAAAUGCAGCCUUUAUGCACAUGUUGUUGACAGUAACCGCCACUAGAAGGCAGCACCACUCCACUCAGAAAUCUCACCUUUUCCUGUGAGAGUUCACAAAGUCAGAACACAUUCAUACAUUUCUUUCACUGUGGUGUUUUAUGUCUGAGUUUUGGAUCAGAGGACUGAUGAGACACAGCUGUGAUUUAUGUGGAGAUGUGAGGAAAUCAAUUUCUAUUCUGACUUACAGAAAGUUGAGUUUAAUGAUUGUUCUCUAGAUAAGUGUUGAAUCUCUUUUACAGAAUCUUGGAUUAUUCUCAACAGCAAAUCAAUAUAGAAACUGCACUGACUUUUAGUGGCACUGCUUUCAGUUUUGAUUCUGGGUAAAAUGAAUAUAUAAUGUUUUAAAUAUGUUCUGGUAAUUUCAUAUUGCUAUCUUAAUGCUGCAGAAUUUGGGGUGUGUUUUAUAAUUUUUUGUACAUAAAUAGCUGGAUGAAUAAAAAUAUAAGUGUG